CCUUUCUCUACCUCUUCAUUUCGCUACGACGUUCAUUACGAGAACUUUGGCUGGCCUGUCUGCAAACUAAAUUACAGUUUCAUCUAUCCCUUUGACUUCGUACAUCCCUUGUGUUAUCCCUUCGAUUCCAUCAUGAAGCCCCGUGCUACUGCAUUCUCUCUAUUUGCACUUGUCAUUGCUGCUUCCGCUGCACCAAACCCGUCUCCAGUCGACAAGGGUGUGGCACAAGUAGUCGCGGUUAACGAUAAUCUUGGAUGUUCAUCAGGGACAUGUAAUACUACACUUGCUGAGACGAAUGAUACGAGUUCAAACCCACCAGCCUACUCAAGCGCGGCAUGGACACAUCGGGAGGCUUGGUCACCAUUCACUUUCUUAGCUGUGGGAGGGCUGGCACUCUCCACCGGGAUGCUCUGAGCCGACCAAUGAUCCGCCAAAAUCCCACGUUCUGUCACCUUGAAUCAUACUGAAACGGAUUACAGCAUUUCAACCAGCAGGACAAAGGGCCUGUAUACCCGCAUCACUUUAGCGUAUAUUUAUUAUCUAAUAUAGACACUAGUGUAACAAGAUUGUGAACUGGUCAACUAAUUAGGUGGAUAUAUGCUACGUUUAUCUACCAAACGCAAACGCAAACGCAAAACGAUGUCUAUAUGGGAAUCACAAC